CGCUCCAGCAGGGCCCCGCCGACGCCAUGAGCACUGAGACGCUGGUGAAGGACGUCAAACCGGGGCUGAAGAACCUCAACCUCAUCUUCAUCGUGCUGGAGACGGGCCGGGUGACGAAGACGAAGGACGGGCACGAGGUGCGGACGUGCAAGGUGGCCGACAAGACGGGCAGCAUCAACAUCUCGGUGUGGGACGAUGUGGGGAACCUCAUCCAGCCCGGGGACAUCAUCCGCCUCACCAAGGGGUACGCGUCCGUCUUCAAGGGCUGCCUGACCCUCUACACGGGGCGCGGAGGCGACCUGCAGAAGAUCGGCGAGUUCUGCAUGGUCUACUCCGAGGUGCCCAACUUCAGCGAGCCCAACCCCGAGUACGUGGCGCAGCAGUCGCAGAGCAAAGGGGCCCAGAACGAGAGCGCGAGUCCGGCCGCUUCGCAGACCAGCCAGGGCCCCCCCGCGGCGUCCCCAGCCCCCGACAGCCAGAACGGGAACGGGCUGAGCCCGGGGGGCCCCGCGCACCCCCCCAGUGCCCCCGCGCACCCCCCCAGCGGCCGCAUCACCCGCAGCCAGCCCGGCCACCCCGGCCCCGCCGCCGGCCCCGUCAGCAACGGCAAGGAGACACGGAGGAGCAGCAAGAGAUAA